CAACAAAAAACCACUGCAAAAACCAUGUUAAAUAUUCUCUUUUCCGAACUGAGUGGAUGGGCGGGAUUUAGGGGAUUACGUCUCAAUAUACGAUCUAUGCUGCGAGCCAGAAUGGGCGUAACUGGAGGCACGUUCACUGCUAGCUCCCGCUAAUGCUCUUGUCAAACUUGUGUAACGAUUAGCUGGCUGAAGACCGCAGCUGCAGGGCUUACUGAUCCUAGCAGAGGGGAUAUAGUAUAAAAAACAAACACAUUGUUAGUAACCUAUAGACUUACUGGUUUGCACAGCCCUCUUUACCGUGCACCGUGUGUUUCUGAACCAGUGUAAACCGGAGCUGUCAUGAUGCAAACGUAGCGCCGUUAGCAAGCGAGCCAGGCCGAGGAGAGCUGGCUGAUUGUAUCCUUCAUCGAGACAGGAGCAUAGAUGUUUCACACAAAACUAUUUGUCGAGCUAGUUGACACCGAACAAGAUGCGCAAGGACGUGAGGAUAUUGUUGGUGGGAGAGCCCAAAGUGGGGAAGACGUCUCUCAUUAUGUCCUUGGUCAGCGAGGAAUUCCCAACUGUGGUUCCUUACCGAGCUGAAGAAAUCACCAUACCUGCAGAUGUCACACCAGAGAGAGUUCCCACACACAUUGUGGACUAUUCAGAGGCAGAGCAGACGGAUGAGCAGUUGUUUCAGGAGAUCUCUAAGGCAAAUGUGAUUUGCAUUGUCUACUCUGUCAACAACAAGACUUCCAUAGAAAAGGUCACCAGCCACUGGCUCCCCCUCAUUAAUGACAACACAGACAAGGACAGCAGGGUUCCUCUGAUUCUGGUGGGGAACAAGUCAGACCUGGUGGAGCACAGCAGCAUGGAGACCAUACUGCCCAUCAUGAACCGGCACAGUGAGAUAGAGACUUGUGUCGAGUGUUCAGCAAAGAACCUGAAGAACAUCUCAGAGCUGUUUUACUAUGCCCAAAAAGCUGUUCUGCACCCCACCGGUCCACUUUACUGCCCGGAGAAGAAAAAUAUGAAGUUACUGUGUGUCAAAGCCCUGACUCGAAUCUUUAAAGUGUCUGACCUGGAUAAUGAUGGGAUUCUCAAUGAUAACGAGCUCAACUUCUUCCAGAGGACGUCCUUCAACAUCCCACUGGAGUCCCAGGCGUUGGAGGAUGUAAAAAAUGUGGUCAGGAAGAAUUUGAGUGACGGAGUGCUUGACAACGGACUCACACUGAAAGGCUUCCUCUUCCUCCACACUCUGUUCAUCCAGCGGGGUCGCCACGAAACUACGUGGACCGUGCUGAGGAGGUUUGGGUACGACGAUGACCUGGAGUUAAAUCAAGACUACCUCUUCCCUCCGUUGAAACUUCCUCCAGACUGCACCACGGAGCUCAACCAUAAUGCCUACCUCUUUCUCCAGAGCGUCUUUGACAAACAUGACAAGGACCGUGACUGUGCCUUAUCACCAGAGGAGAUGAAGGACCUGUUUGAUGUUUUUCCCUACAUGCCCUGGGGUCCAGAUGUCAAUAACACAGUUUGCACUAACGACCAGGGCUGGAUCACCUACCAGGGAUAUCUCUCCCAGUGGACGUUAACAACAUAUCUUGAUGUCCAACGAUGCCUGGAGUAUAUGGGUUACCUCGGUUACUCAAUCAUUGCUGAGCAGGAGUCCCAAGCAGCAGGAGUAACAGUGACCAGAGAUAAGAAGAUUGACCUGCAGAAGAAGCAGACCCAGCGCAGCGUCUUCCGCUGUAAUGUCUUUGGAGACGUUGGCAGCGGCAAAAGCGGCUUCCUCCAAGCCUUUCUGGGUAGAAACCUCCUGCGCCAAAACACGAUAAGUGAGGAACAAAGAUCCUACUAUGCCAUCAGCACAACCUAUGUUUAUGGCCAGGAGAAAUACCUACUUCUUCAUGAAGUUUUCCCUGAUUUUGACUACCUGUCUGAUGAUGACCUGGCCUGUGACAUUGUCUGCCUGGUCUAUGAUGUCAGCAACCCUUACUCCUUUGAAUACUGCGCCAAAGUCUUCAAGCAAUACUUCAUGGACAGCAAGAUUCCAUGUAUGAUGAUAGCAGGGAAGUCGGACCUGCCGGAGGUCAAACAGAUAUACGGCUGCACUCCUCUGGACUUCUGUCGGAAGCACAAGAUGCCCCCUCCGCAGUCCUUCACCUGUAACACUGCAGAAGGGCCCAGCAAAGACAUCUACACCAAACUUACCACCAUGGCCAUGUACCCCCACGCCCGGCUGCGCUGCAUGUGCACUUGUAACCGGUGCACCUUCUGCUUGUGUCAGAACUUCCUCAACUCUGAGCUGCUGCAGACGGUCAGGGCCAAACUCUACGCUGUUGUACUCAGAAGGUCCUUUUUUUACCUUUUUAAAACCCUCCCUGUAUCUCUGAUAAGUUCAUUGUUGGCAUCGCACCUCAAGCUUCCCAUACAUUUCUUCUGCUUUUUUCGCUUGACUUUUGUUUUUUACAAAGUUGUUCUAUAUAUAGGAACUGAUUUCCCAGAAAUGUAAAUAUGAUACAAGAGUCAGUCACAGUUUCUACAUCAUAGUUUCCAUUUUGUGUUUCCCCUUGUUUCAUGCUGUCAGAGUCCUUUGAGUCCAUCUAAGAAGCCUUUCUAUUAUCUUCAUUUUUUGACUACCUUUUUUGAUAUUGCUUGUAGGCUGCCUGCUCCUCAGUAGUGUUGAAACUGUCACUGUCACGUCACUGUGCCUCAGCUGCCUCAUUUAACAGAGCUGUCAUAGCUAAUUCCUUGUCUUGUUAUCUCAUGUCAUAACAAUAAUCCUGAACGUCCCUCAUGUUUUUGACUGGCUUUGUCUUCAACAUCUAUAUCCGUGAUUCGAAGCUUCACCCCUGUUUUGUUAUUUCACCCAUAUUUCUUUCAGGCCAUGCCUUCUUAUUUUCGCAUCCUCCUUCCCAGUAACACCUCGCCUAUUUACUUUAGUGUCCUUCCCUUUUUCAAUAUCUAUUCAUCUCUCUCUGGUUUUCUUCUCUGUUUAACAGACAUGUAAGCCAAGCAGACCUGAAGAGCUCCACCUUCUGGCUGCGAGCGAGUGUUGGGGCCUCAAUGUUUGCAGUGCUGGGCUUCGCCAUGUACAGAGUGCUGCUCAAACAGCGGUGAUCUUAGGGUACCCGGGUCUAACCCUCUCUAUCCCCAUGGUACACACAGAACUGUUUUUACCAGUCACAACUUUAAGCUUGUAUUAAGUAAAUGAAAAUAUAAUAAAAUGUCUCAUUGUUUUGUUUUGACCAGAAGGAAAAUGUGUGGAAGCUUACCUUGGCAAACAUUUCUUUUUGUUGCAUCCUCAUUCCACUGACACGUUCUCUUCUUGGGAAGAAAAAUAAACAAUAUUUAAUUUUGUACACAAAUUGCUAAUAUGCUUAAUCUGUUUGUUUGCAAGUUUUUGCAAAUCAAUAUAUCUAUAUUUAUAUAUAUAAAUGAAGGUUAAGCUGCUGAAGAGCCGUAGUGAGUAACGUGGGUGAGUUGCAUAUAAAGCUAUUUUUUUGGUUGCUUGAUGAUUGAAAUGAACAAUUUGGUGUCAGUUGUGAUGGGAAUGUGAGAUUUGCAAUAACAUUGACGCUUUUAUUAGACUGAACUAUAUGUAAAUAGUGUAAAUAAUAUUGUAGACUUUACAUUUGUUUGUCUUGUAUAAAAGGGCCAUGUCUGAUUUACACUCAUAACACGAAAUGCAAAGAUUUUAGCUUAACAGUCUGCUUAUGAACUCACAAAAACAUUAGAAUUGAUAUUAGCAAAAUUGUUCGAUGCAAACUUUUUAAAUUGUUUACACAUCUGAGUAGGGCAGUGUUUGAUGUGUGCAAUGUAGUUGAACAAUCUGCCGCUCACUCUAAUGUCUUCCCAAUUUGGUACCAUAUUUGUCAGCUCAUUGUGUGCGUGUGUGUUAGUAUGCAAAGACCUGUGAAGUUUGACACUCCAUACAUUUUGGUUUUGCAUGCUUCACCAUUCCAACCACAUUCAAGAGUUUUAAGACUCAAUGUAAAAGAUAAUUCCCCUGUCAACCUCAAUGUUUUGCUUUCCAUCCCCCAAUUAUACAGGUAUAAAAGUGCUAAUUAUUAAACAGUGUGCUGAACAGAAAAAAAUGGCGUCAUAGUAAGUUUGCAAGUAAUUCGACCCUGUUGUGAAUCCCGGUUAUCUAUUCUUUUAAGCAGAAGAUGCAAAUGUGUAAACCCAGAUUUUAAUUUUCCAUGCAAUAACAACUGCUUGCCUCAACGCUCAGUUUGUGUAUAUUCUCUGCCCUGCCUUUCCAACUGUUUACAAUAAAUGAAUAUCUCUAUUAA